AUGACUGCGGAUCACGUUGAUGCCCCUGUCAAGAACACACAAAACGAAAUAGGGUUAACAGGGAAGAUAUAAAUUCAUACUUCUCUUCUGGUUGACUUCCCAAGGCUUUUAGAUCCAACCCUUAAAAGAUCAUUGUACUCUAAUUUCUCUUUGUCAGUUUUAGUGUGGGGUCUCCUUAAGUUGAGGAUUUUUCGUAGGUAAAAUGUCUGUUCCUCAUGGAAUAUUCUAUGGUGUAGUUUGGAUAUGCGACAUAACUUCUCGAUUUCAUGAUGAUACUUGUGUUACCUGACAUAACCACAGCCAUUCAUUUUGAUGCAAUAGAUUAUCAUUUAAAAUGACGAAUUAAGGGGUGAUUUUGGAGUUCACCUAUUAUUUUUCUACUUUAUGGUGCUGGAGAUAUGCGGAGAAUAAUUUAGUCAGCUCUUGAGGGGGGGUUGGGAGGGAGGGAGAUGCCUCCUCUUAUGGGUUUUUUGUUGUAGAAUGAUUCUCCGUCCGAAAGGAAGAAAAAACUUGUGCAACUGUGGAUGUUGGAAGAUCAUUCGAAACACGUUAAAAUCUGGUGUGCAAUCUUCUUCUCUUGCCCCUUUCCCAUAUAUCUCUCGCGUUUUUUUUGUUGAGUCCCCAGUUUCCGGCCAUCCAAGGGGGGGACGCUUCUCUCCAAUAUGUAGUUCCAAUUGAGUAUGGAUACUUCGUCAAAACAACUCUUCGACUAUUUUCAUAUGAUGGAUAAAAUCUCCCCAGGAGCAAAGUCAGUUGGAUACUUUCAUUAUUCCUCAAUUAUGGCUUACAGCUAUUUAAAUUCUAGUGAGAUGGUUAAAACCACUUGUUUUCUUCCCGGAAUCAGAGUAUCUGAUAAACUACUUAACGGCAACACAGCUGUUGUGCUCUUUGUACAAGAGACCUAGGAGUCCUAUGGGAAGAAUCUGGCAUAAUUUUGACACGGAUAUAUUAUCAGAGGCACCAACGGUAUCAUAUAAUUAGGAAAGACAAGGUCUCUGCCCUUUUCUUCAAUGAAACAAUCGAGUAUAGACUCUCUAUCGAAGAUGGGGUGAGUUUUUAGAAUGUGUGUUUACAUGUACUCUUUUAUUUUAAUUUUUAAGUCUCAUUACGACUCUCCGUAGUAGUUCCCUCAACCACCCUUUUUUCUUUCGGCAAAAUCCCUGCCCCCUACAACCAUUGAACAUGGGUGCCGUUCAGGGUCACCGUAAGGUGGGAGUGGAGCCACUUGUUGGGACGGGGAGGCGGUGGAGGCGAAUUCCGUCACCGUCGAAACCGUCAGCAGAGGCGGCGGAGGCGAAAAGGGAACGGGGAAAAGAUGAAAAUGGGGACGGUGGUGUUUGCUGUCAGGUCUUGUGCUGUACUUAUGCGUCUAUUCACGGUUUAUCCAUACGUUACUUUUAACGAUCCAAACGCGGUGCCAUUGACUCGUUCUGAGCGUCGAACGGGUGCAACUCGUAAUUCUAAGCCAUCAUUUCUCAUCAGGUUCCGGAUAUCCUUCACACAGGUGUCAUUCGCAGGAUAGGGGCAUGGCGACCCUUUGGCGCCGCCUUCAGGCCCUUCUCGCUCGAAUUUGAACUACAGAGCAUGAGAUCGCAGAAACGGAAGCUUCGUGAAAGGGGGAUUGAGACAGGAAAGACAACAAUUGUGGGGUGA